AUGCUGCGAGCCGCUUCGCGCUCCGCACGCGCCUCUUCGUCGUCCCGCGCACUCUCGACGGCUGCCAAGUCGGCACGCACAUCGCUGCGCCCGCACCCUGUGGUCAUCGGACCGACGCAGCUCAACCGAUACCAGGAACACUACCGCACCACGCUGGCAUCCGACCUGCUGUACAUGACGUACGAUGCUGCAGCCAAUCUCGAUGCAGAGACGCGUGCUUCGUCGUCUGCGGAUGCACAAGACCGCCAGCGCGAGUGGGACGCCGAAAGCCCGUACUCGGUCAACCGUCCUCAGCGCCCGGCGCGUGGUAACCGCCGCCUGCAACCGCUCACCAAGCCGCUCCCCGUGCAGAACACGGUGACGCAGAUCCCACGGCUGGAAAAGGUGAUUCUGACGUGCUUCUCGAAGGACGCGAUUGCCAACAAGCACGCCUUGGUGCCGCUCAUCGCCCAGAUGCGCGCCAUCACCGGACUGUCGGUCGAGGGCAGUCUGUCCGAUCCGUCGCUCGUUGCGGCGGCAUCGCCAGCAUCCGGCUCGGGCGCAUCCCGAGGUCGCAUCGAGAUCAUCCGUGCCAAAUCGGGCGUGGCGAGCUUUAAGCUCCGUCCGGGCAUGCCGGUGGGUGUCAAGGCGAUCCUGCCCGGCCCGGUGGCGCACGAGUUCCUCGAGGUGCUCUCGACCUUUGUUCUGCCGAGGCUGAGGAGCUUUGCGGGAUUCCCGCUGCCUCCUGCAUCGCAGCCACCUGCAUCGCCGGCGGCCAUGAGCGGCGUGGUGAGUCUGGGCAUGCAUCCCGAGGCCAUCCCGCUGUUCCCGCAGAUCGAAAUCAACCUCGACCAGUACCCGAACCGACCGCUCGGAUUCCAGAUCGACUGCAUCACAAACCAGCGCGGCCGAAAGGCGUCCGAAAAGGCAAGGGCUCUGCUCUCCGGUAUGGGCAUCCCCUUCGUUCGCAGAGGUGACAUGUAA